AUGACUAUUCUGGAAGCGUUCACGACGGAGGUUCCGUUCUCUGGCCGGUCUGACAUCUCGCUCUACCGGCAUAUUGUAGAUCGAAAAAAGACGCCCUCACGACCCGGGAGCAUCAUCCCUGAGAGGAGCAUACUUGGGAACGUACUACGAGUUCUGCGGAAUGGCUAUGACUUUAACGCGGAACGUCACGCACUACCAUACUAUGGGCCCAGGUCUGCGACACAUAGCCGCCAGGAUAAGGUUAGGCACGUAGCGGAAUUGCUUGCGGUCAGGGAACAAGCCCUAGGCGAUCGCAUCAACCCGGAGGAAUAA